CCGCGCGGGCGCGCCCGCGCGCCGCGCGGCGCCCGCGGGUGCCGAGGCCGCCCGCGUGCCCCGGUGGCUGCGAGAGAGGACUCCCAGAGGGAGCUGGCGAUGCGGAGGCCGAGGGCAAAAACUUCCAAUGCGCACGCAACAGGUACGACAUCGCGCUGCAGCUGCUGAUAGAGGCUGGCAUGCCCAUAUCGGACGAGGUAGCCGGCAUCCACAUGCGCAUCGGUGCCGCAUGCCGUGAGCAGGGGGCUUUUGACGACGCCUUGCGCGCGUACGACGCGGCAUCCGAGGUUCUGGAGACGCAAGGACAGCUCCAGUCCGUCGCGGCGGCAGGGGUCCACAUGAAGCGGGGCAUCGUGCUGGAGUCCAUGAGGAACAAGCGCCGCGAGGCGUCGCACGCGUACAUGCGGGCGCGUGAUCUCCUGUCAGCGCAUGUCGAAGUUGAGCAAACACCAGCAAGGGCGCCACGCUCCUCAGCCGCAUGGGCACCCUCUACGCCGCGAGCGGCAUGCCCGAGGACGCGCUGCACGUGUACGCGGAGGCGCGGCAGGCCCUCGCAGCCGAGGGGGCCCUGGACACACCCGCCGCCACGGACCUCCUGGCCAACAUCGGCCGCAUGCAGGCUGCGUCCGGGCGGCUCGAGGAGGCGCUGACUACGUACCUGCAGGUGCGCGAGCGUCUCCAGGCUGGAAACAGGCUGGCCUCCGCCGAUGGCGCGGCCAUCCUGGCCGACAUCGGGGACCUGCACGGCAGGAUGGGCCAGCUGCCCGAGGCGCUGGGAGCCUACGGCGAGGCCCGCCGCGCCCUGGAGGGCGUCGGGCUCCUCGGCUCCAAGGCCGGCGCGCGCGUCCUCGUGAAGCUGGGCGAGCUGCGCGAGAAGCUCGGGGACGGCGAGGCCGCCAUGGAGAGCUUCAACGCCGCGGCCAGCAUCUACAUUGAAGUCAUGGGCCAGACGCGGGGGAACGAGAGGGCCGACAUUUACAAUCUGCUGCUGAAGGUGGGCUCCGAGAACCUGAGGCUGGGCAACGUCGACGCGGCCUUCAAGCAGCUGGGGGCAUCUAUGCGCCACUCCUCGGAUCGCAGGCUGACGUGGAGCGACGACGGCAUCGCGCUGGUCGUGGCAAUGGGCGAUGCCUUCUACAAGAUGCGGAGGUAUCCAGAGGCACUGAAACAUUAUGAGAGGGCAAAGCAGGCGAUCGAGAUGCGUGGAAAGGCCGCUGUGGACAUAUUCGCGGCCACGGAGCUUGGCAUUUCCUUGGAGGCGAAGACCGCCUGCACGCUCUCGAUGCUGGGGGUCGAGCCGACAGAAGUGAACAAUGAGGUCUGGCACCAGGAACAGGAGAAGGCCUUCGAGCAGCUCAACGGCGGCAAGGCCCGCGAAAGGAGGCCGAGCCGAAAGGAGCGGGAGCUGACGAAGAAACGGGAGCGGCGCCAGAAGCAGCUCGAGAGGGCGGAGCGUCUCCGCCGGCGAACCGAGCGCGAGGCGACGUCCUCGAUGCGCAGGGCAGCCGAGGAGGGGGCACAGCUCCAGCGCUCCGGCGAGGGGCGUGCGCACGUGCUGGCCUCCGACGACUCGGGCUAGGUGCCGCGGGGCGCACGCGGGCCGCCUCUGGAUGCCCGGCGGUGCCGUCGGAUGCGGGUGCCCCCGUGCUGGUAGGAAAAAACACGACCACUGCGCUGCUACGAUCAGGAUCAGAGAGAG